GUUAUCACGAAAGUGGUGAGGGGAAAGAAAUACAAAGCGAUAGAUUGGAAAACACAUAGAUUGAGAUUGAAAUAUACAUUCUCGCAAUCUCUCACAGAUCAAGAUGUUUAGGUACUAAAUGUAAGUGUAAAGCUACAAACCCUAAGCCCUCUUUUUAUAAGAUCCGCCGCAUCGGCUCUUUUGCUUGAGCACAAGAUCUGAGUAUUAGCAAGAAUCAUCAAGCUCAGCAGAGUUUAGUAGCAAUUUGUUGGAACUAAUUGAGAUAUACUUCCUGUGUUAUAUUCUCUAAAAUGGACACAAACAUGUUCCAAUCAGAUGAUUCAAGGAAAUACUAUUGUCCAAUACUGGGUUUGAAAGUUUUUGUUAUAGAUAGCAACUUGAGAUGCCUUACAGCUGUGUCAAAAAACAGGCUUCAAACCCUUGGAUAUGAAGUUUAUGUGCAACCUUAGAAGCUUUUACUUUGCUAUGUAAAACCAUGGAUGCCACCGUUAAUACUGAAAAGUGGCAAGAGAAGAUGUGAACAACAAGUUGAGGGCCAUUGAAUGGACCACUGUUGGGAUCUUUUGUUCCACCACAAAGGACUGAGAGGACUUUUGGAAACAAGCAAGAGUUUAAGUAUGGUUCCCAAGAAAAUGAAAAAUUUGCAUUACGAACUAAAGAAGUAACCAGAUAAAUAUGACAAAACUCUAUCCAAGUCAGUGAAGAAAAAGAGAACUAUCCAAGAACUUUAACAAUUUGGGUUAAGAUUAGAAGUGAUGAGUCCAUACAUAAGUAUUUGAUAUUUGGUUUCUCCUUUAGGUGUAUUAACCUCCAAUUUAUUUUGUAGUGAAAUAUCAUCCAUACAAUAGAUGGAUGUAUCCUCACCGAAAACUUUUCCAUCAAUAGCAUUUUCAGCCCUUUGGCCCCCACUAACAUUGUUCAUAAAUUCACCAGAGUCAGAUGUGUAGCGUGAAACACCAUAUGGUUCAUUAUGUAGACAGAAUUGAUUUUUCCCAAAAGUCGAUGUCUGAUCACUUGAAUUUAGGAAAUCAUGUAAAGAGUUACGUUGAGAAUGCUUAUGCAUGCAAUCACAGAUAUGAACAUGACGGUUUUGCAAUUGAUGCCUUUUCCUGCUAUCAUUAACAGUUUGAGACAGAUGCUGCGAUUUCAUAUUCAAAUCAGAUGAAUUUAUAUUGUUGUGUUGUUGAAUUGGAUUGACUUGUCCCAAAUAUUGCUGAAACAGAUAAAUAUAAAAAUAUGCAUAGAUCAUGAUUCAAGUACAACAUCAUAAUGCUCAAUCUAGUGGAGACAAACUAGCAGUGUAUUGAAGCAUAAGUUGCAAAUCAAGAAAUAAAGUAUAAUGAUUUGAGAGAGAAAGAAAGAGAGUCUACUUCUCUUAAUAAGACCAACUAACUUUUAAGUAUAGUCUGCAUAUUUUGAAACACCUUGCCGCACCAAUAAGGUUUCAAUCAUAUGACUUGGUGAUUAUGGAUUCGAUAAUAGAAAUAAACUUUUCUCUCUCAGACCAUGGUAUAAGGUAAGGCUCAUCAUAUGUAAAAGGGAAUUUGUUGAAAAGAACAAAUCUGGAAAUGACUUUCAAUGUUCUGUGUUGCAAGUCCUGCAAAUUCCCAAGCUGGUUUGUUUGAUUUGGAGAAGCUUUACACAAGAAAAACAACAAGUGUUACUCUUAUAGCUGACAACUACAACAAAAAUGACAAAUAAGUAAAUAAACUCAAGUCUGAGCUUACCACUAGUUGCAGCCAAUUCAACACCUCCGAAGAACUUAAUAUGGGAAUCAUAAGUCCGGCUAAGCCUUUUCCUACCUAGCAUUAAUGUUUCACUUUUUUCCCCCUAUUGUAUGAUUAUCUUCUCUUAUUAUGAGACUUUGGAGAGUCUGCAGUCCAGUGCUCAUAAAUGACUGACAUUCUCUAACAAAUAAUAAAUCUCGUUAGGACAGGCUGGAAUUCAUGGUUCUGAUACCUUGUUAAGAAGUGGACUUUAGCCUAAUUUAGCCCUACAAGACUCGCUUCUAAGGUAUUAAAUGCAAGUGCAAAGCUUCAAACCCUAAGUCUUCUUUAUAAGAUCCGCCGCAUCGGCUCUUUUGCUUGAGCACAAGAUCUGAGUACCUAGAAAGAAUUAUCAAGUUCAGCAGAGUUUAGUAGCAAUUUGUUGCAACAAAUUGAGAUAUACUUCGUUUGUUAUAUUCUCUAAAAUGGACACAAACAUGUUCCAGUCAGAUGAUUCAAGGAAAUACUAUUGUCCGGUACUGGGUUCGAAAGUUUUUGUUCAAGGUAGCAACUUGAGAUGCCUUACAGCUGUGUCAAACAUUCUUCAAGCCCUUGGAUAUGAAGUUAUGACUGCUAAUAAUUCCAUAGAGCUGUUUGGAUCUGAACUGCAUUUACAAAAGCCACUUAAGAUUUCUGAUCUAAGCAGUCUAUGGAAAUACACAUUAUGGAGGAUGGAAGACAGAAUGGUGAUAACUGCAGAUGUAGAGGGCUUUGGGAUGUUUGAGUCAGAGGAAAUUAUUGUAAACAACAAUAGAGAAUGUCGGUCAUUCAUGAACACCGGAGGGCAGACUCUCCAAGGUGUCAUAAUAAGAGAACAUAAUCAUACAAGAGAGGGGAAUAAAAGUGAAUCAUUAAUGCUGGGUAGGAAAAGGCUCAGUAGGACUUAUGAUUCACAUGCUGAAUUGGCCGGAACCAGUGCUUCUCCAAAUCAAAGAAAUCAGCUUAGGAAUGUGCCAGGAUUUGAAAUACAGAACAUUGAAAGCCAUUUUCAGCAAUAUUUGGAACAAGCCAAUCCAAUUCAACAACACAACAAUAUAAAUUCUUCUGAAUUGAAUAUGAAAUCGCAGAAUCUGUCUCAGACUGUCAAUGAUAGCAAGAAAAUGCAUCAAUUGCAAAACCGUCAUGUUCAUAUAUGUGAUUGCAUGCAUAAGCAUUCUCAACGUAACCCUUUACAUGAUUUCCUAAAUUCAAGUGAUCAGACAUCGACUUUUGGGAAAAAUCAAUUCUGUCUACAGAAUGAACCAUAUAGUGUUUCACGCUACACAUCUGACUCUGAUGAAUUUAUGAACAAUGUUAGUGGGGACCAAAGGGCAGAAAAUACUAUUGAUGGAAAAGUUUUCAGUGAGGAUACAUGCAUCUAUUGUGUGGAUGAUAUUUCAGUACAAAGUGAAAUGGAGUUUAAUACACUUUCAUCUAAUGACAUGUGCCACCGGAUGAUAUUUCAGUACAAAGUGAAAUGGAGUUUAAUACACUUUCAUCUAAUGACAUGUGCCACCGAUUUUCGCCACCACUUCCUGUUCCUCUUCUACCAUCAGAAGGAAAACAUGGCAUUUAUGAGGUCAAAGCAGAUGAAAUUCUUUAUCCUUCAAAUGGAACUCGGGAGUUUAGUGAUGAGGAUGUAAAUACAUGCUUAUCAAUGUAUAAUAAUCCCUGAAAAUUGCUGAGUGGUGCUGUUGCUUUAAGUUGUGGAGGGCUUUGUGGAGAGCUUCAAGAAAAUUGAGUUCAUAUAAUGAUUUGUGGUCUUUUUUGUACUUUUAUAGUUGUACUUUUGUCUUAUCUGAUUCUCAUUUGAGUAUGGUUGACAGUGUUUCUGGGCUUGACUAAUGAUUGAUUGAAAAGUUUGCUUGACCAUGUUAAUUAUCUUUAAUAACAACCAUGUUUUUAUUAUCUUGAAGCA